AUGCCGCACGGUACGGGCGCGUCGACGCCUGCGGCGACGAUCACAUCGCUUGAGGGAAAGCUAAUGGAUACCGAUAUAACGGGGCCGGUGCAGUUCCUGGACAAGGACAAUCACAAUCACAAGUACAAGUACAAUUACAAUUACAACACUGCCAAGACUCUUCCCUUCUGGCUGGUCAAUGUGCACCGGUCGCAAUGGCCGGCCGAAUGUCCCAGCUAUCUACGUGAUCAACCGGACAAGAACAUUCGAUGUCUAUCAACACCUGACAAGGAGUAUCGGCGACAGGACUGGGAGUUGGUGCAGGAGAUAAUUAAGACGAACCGGAUCGAUCGAUUCCAGCGUGUGCCCAGCGACCUACGAAAAUAUCUCGAAUACACGGCUCAAAUCAAGGUGGAAUAUGGAUCGGUGAUGCGGUUUGUCGUCAAGGAGCGACUUGGCUGGGGAGAUGGCAAUACUCAGGACCUUCAACCCAAGGGAGGUCCAUUCGAAUUCGAGGAGGACAUUAGGAUUCUCUACAAUGACUGGCCCUAUGGGAUUGACAAAGACAUCAUCCACCUAGUGGUAUGGACCAAGUUCGAACUCGCAGAUGACCCAGUCACGGGCGAAUUGACGAGCCAUGCGCGAGCGGCGAUCGAACAAUAUGUUCGGACAAGAUUCUACUCACGUGUGGCGGCAAAGCAAGUGGUCUGGUUCAAGAACUGGAAGUCACUCAAGUCGGUCCAUGCGGUUGAACACUUCCACGUCAUGCUCCAUCGCCCAGAUAUGGCAUUUGUGCGGGAGAUCACCAGAGGCGAUGUGCCGUUGAUCGAGCGGGUGUGA